AUGAAGACUCUGGUGAUUGUGUCCCUGCUCCUGUGUGCGUUGGCGUGCACCGUCCAGGUGAGAGCGGAGGUGAAGGCAGUGAAGCUGUGUGGUCGAGAGUUCCUGAGAGCCGUGGUCUACACCUGCGGAGGCUCCCGCUGGAGGAGACUCCUCACCGAGACAGACGGGGACGCUCUGCCGACAGAGGAACAGAGCAGCCUGGAGACCCAGAGCGGCAGCAGCUCCUCGACCGCUGCACUGACCAGACGAGACAUGAAUAACAUACUGACCACCGCGUGCUGCCAGGUGGGCUGCAGGAAGAGUGACCUGACCUUCCUCUGCUGAGGGCGACUCCCCCUCCUCUUCUUCACUCACUCUCCAACGGAACCGAAGUGACUGUUUUCAUCUCGCCUGCCAAAUCUGAAUUGAUUUAAAACCAAUCUGAUCGCCGUCUUGUUCGUAAAAAUAACGCUCACGUCCACAUUUGCUGCUUUUCAAAUUGCUUUGGAUAUUUUGU